UUCAUGACUUUCUUUGAGGCCGUCAUCAUUGUCAUCAAACCUGCCCUUCACUUCUGCCAUCGUAUCAUUCCGAACCCAUCUCUGAAAGAAACAACAACAACAAAGCCUUUACCACGAGGCAAGAUAUGGAACAUCACCUCUCGGGCCAUCAACUACCGAACAUCCAACUACAGACUAUGCUUCCCGUCGAAUGCGGGGAAACUGGCGGCAUUGCGACUGGCAUAAUCGAAGUCUGAUCUACAGAAUACGGGGUACUCAAACUCUGGCCCGCUUCCCCAACUUCAUACCCCGGAUUGGUCGUCAUUGCUCGGCCAUCCUCCGAGUCGAUGUUGAUGUCGUACAACUGCACCCUCGGCUCAUGGCCGUGCCGCUAUAUAUCCGCACGCCCAGCGCCUUCACGCGUCACCUCUUCACCGUCAGGAAGAGUAUGCAUGAUACUAGUCUUUCUUCGGCUUCAAUCCCUCUUUCUGCUACAAGAUGGCGGUCUGGUAUGCUUUUGGUGUGGCAAUAUUUGCUGCCAUCGGAACAUUCUUGUUUGGGUUUGACACAGGCAUCGCUACGACAACAAUCGCCCAUGAAAGCUGGAUUGACUACAUGAAACACCCGUCAAAUGGCCUGACAGGAGCCGUUGUAUCAGUGUACAUCGCUGGCGAAGCAGUCGGCGCGCUCACUCAGACUGCAAUCGGAGAUAAACUCGGUCGACUUCGCUUUAUGGAGAUGUCGUGUGUUGUUGUCACCAUCGGAACAGUCAUCCAAACCGCGGCCGUGAAUAUUGGAAUGUUCCUUGCUGGCCGCCUGCUGGCCGGGUAUGCUGUUGGCGGAAUGGUUGCCACAGUCCCGAUCUAUCUCAGCGAGAUAUCAUCCCCUCGUUAUCGUGGCUUGAUUGGGGGCAUCUCAGGCUGCGGCAUCGCAUUCGGAACGAUGGCUUCGAACUGGGUCGGAUACGCCUGUAGCUAUGCACCCUAUGGUCAGGUCCAGUGGAGGGUCCCUCUGGCGAUCCAAAUCCCAUGGGGCAUCAUCAUGUUCGCCGGACUAGUCACCUUCAUGCCCGACUCUCCACGCCACUUGAUUCGAGUAGGUCAAAUUGAGAAGGCGCGCAGCGAGUUCAUCAGAGGCCGGCGGGAUUUACGUCCGGACAAGGCUCAUCAGGAGUUUUUGGAGAUGGUCGCGCAAAUUCAGUACGAGAAGGAGAGAGAGAUAACCUCCUACAAAGAUAUCUUCCGCAUGUUUCGACGACGCGCCUUAGUCUCGAUUGCCGUGCAGACCAUGACGAGUCUCACCGGCGUGAACGUCAUCCAGUACUACCAAACAACACUCUACAAAUCCCUCGGAAUUGACUCACACACCAUCUUAGCCCUAGCUGCUGUAUACGGCACCGUCGCGUUUAUAACUAAUUGCCUCACCACCAAGUAUCUCACAGAUCAGUGGGGUCGUCGCAAUAUGAUCCUAGCCGGCCUCGCCGGAAUCAUCGUCAUAGAGAUAUAUGCCGCUGUCAUGCAGCGAGAGUUCCAGAACACGGACAAUAGAGUCGGGAAAGGCUUUGCCAUCCUGGGAAUCUACCUGUUCGUGGUGGUCUACUAUGGUAUGCUCAACAGUACCACCUGGCUAUACGGCGCCGAGGUUCUGCCCAUUGCGCUUCGUAGCAAGAUCAUGGGACUGGCCGCAGCAUCUCACUUUAUAGUCAACGUCGCAAUCACCGAAGCCGGUCCCAGCGCCUUCGCGAACAUCCACGAGAACUACUACUACGUCUUCGUGGCCUGCACUGUUUUCUUCUUGGUUAUCGCCUAUUUCUACUUCCCGGAAACCAAACGCAAGACCCUGGAGGAGAUUGCCGCGUCGUUUGGGGACAAGGUGGUCGCGGCCGGCGAGCAAGGCGAGGAGGAUCCGGAUGCGAAGCCCCAUUCGCAGCGGGUGGAGGUUGUCUACGAAGGAUAGGCUCAGAGAAAAGAAGUAUCACUUUUCCGCCGCAACGCUUUCACGCUAUUCAGAAUAUGCGCUUG